CGGGAUAAUGCAUCAUUCUAUCUAUACUAUUUAUUUGCAAGCUAAACUAUGUCCUCAAAUAAAGGUUCAUUUCAAAGCUAGCUAUCACCCUGCUAAGAUUCGUUAGCCGAGACAGAUAGCCGGCCUGACACGUUUAGCUGGGCUUGUUUCUCAAUCUGGGAUGACAGACAGUGGCGGUCGGUGGAGUUUAAAAUGAGGCAGAAUUAGUAUGUUUUUUUAAUGAGCACGGCCUUAUUUCUAUUACAGCAUAUUGGAUGACUGUCAUUCAUAUUCCGUUCACCCAGUUCAAUGUAACAUCGAUAGGUUUAGGCUACUACAUGAUACUAGAAUGUUCCCUGUACCCAUCAUGAGGUUGCUACAACCUAGUAGGUGCAACAGGUCGAGAGGAUUUUGAGGAAUCAAGGUGACAGACAGAGACACAUUCAAUACCUCCUUGCACCCUCUGGCCUGCAUCUAGUUGAUCUAGGGUGUAAUCAUUAGACCCAACAGUUGCAAAUGAGAGUUUCUAUUGGACAAAUUCAGUGUUCUGGUUUCCAUUGUAGACUGUGUUGUAUUCACACAUCGAGAGACUGUGGAAGGCUUCAUUAAACUCAUUCUGCUUUAGUGGAAACCGCAUCAGCGUCAUCAUGCCGACGGUGGUCCUAAUGGACGCGUCUCUGUCCAUGACGCGGCCGGUCUCUCAGGAGCAGUGCACCGAGGAGUUGCAGAGGAAGCACUUAGCUGUGGCCGGACUCACCAUGCUGUUUGAACACAUGGCGAACAACUACAAACUGGAAUUCACCUCUCUAGUGGCCUUCUCUUCUCUGUGGGAGCUACUGGUGCCUUUCACCAGGGACUACAGCACACUACAGGAAGCCCUGAGCAACCUGGAGGACUAUGACAAGACGUGUCUGGAGUCCGCUUUACACGGAAUCAGCAACGUGGUGCAGCAGGAGUGGGGUCACGCCUGUCCCACACAGGUGGUGUUGGUAACAGACGGGUCCCUGGGGAUCGGUAAAGGCUCUCUGAGACACUCCCUACAGACUCUGAAAGGACGCCCGGAGGAUAAGAAGUUCCCCCUACCCUUCCCUUUCCCUGCUAAACUGUUCAUCAUGUGCAUCGCUAACGCGGACGAGUUACAGAUGACAGACACGAUGCAUAACCUGGAGCAGCUGCUCCAACUGAACGGAGGCGAUGGACAGAUCUUCACUAUGGAAGGCCAGCUCUGUCUGAAGAGCGUCCAGUCCAUGUUCGGGCGUCUGAUAGAUGCGGCCUACUCCCCGUUCCCUGCUGUACUGCGCUGUGGGAACCUGGCUUCUGAUGUCCAGGUGUUCCCCAGACCUGAGCCUGUGUUCCUGGAUGAAGAAAUCGACCCUAUGCCCCGACACAUCCUCACAGAUCUGGAGAUCGUUGGUUUCAUAGAGAUAGGAGACAUCUCCAGUCCUCCUGUCAUGUCCAGACACCUGGUCCUGCCUAUCGCUGUCAAUAAAGAGGUGGAUGAUGUGGGUCCAGGAACCACAGAGGAACCAGAGGAGGAGACAUCAGCCAACCAGCAGGCAGGGAAGGUCCCCAACUUCUGUGUCCUACUCCAUGGCAGUCUGAAGGUAGAGGGCAUGGUGGCGCUGGUGCAGCUGGGCCCAGAGUGGUAUGGUAUGCUGUACUCCCAGGCAGACAGCAAGAAGAAGUCUAAUCUCAUGAUGUCUCUGUUUGAGCCCGGACCCGAGCCUUUACCCUGGCUGGGAAAGGUGUCUCAGCUAGGACCUAUAUCAGAUGCAGCUGAGAACCCGUACGGGGAGGAUGACAGUAAGAGUCCUUUCCCUCUGCAGCCUAAGAUCAAACGCAGCUACGCUCAGAACGUCACUGUCUGGAUCAAAGCUAGCGGACUGCAGACUGAUGUGCAGAAGAUCCUGAGGAACGCCAGGAAACUGCCAGAGAAGACCCAGACCUUCUACAAGGAGCUGAACCGUUUGCGUAAGGCAGCGCUGGCGUUUGGUUUCUGGGAGCUGUUGAAGGGAGUUGCAGAGCUGUUAGAGAGGGAGUGUACCCUGCUGCCGGACACAGCUCACCCUGACGCAGCCUUCCAGCUAUCACACGCUGCCAAGCAGCUGAAACUAGCCUCCACAGGAGACUCCCAGUACGCCGCCUUCGACCAGAACAUCAACCCCAUGCACACCGACUUCUCUGGGGGAGGAGCUGGCAUGUAGAGAGGAAGGAGAGAGAGCUUCUGAAAUGGCAUCAGUAUCUGGGCUUUAGAGAUGUUGACCUGUCUCCUCUCUAACGCCCCCCCCCCCCCCCCCCCCGGAAACUCCCGAUUCAAACUGCCAUGACAGCGUUGUAAAAAGAGACGUUAGAUGCUCAGUGAAACUCCAUAUUUAGUGAGUAACUAUCUUCAUUUACUCCCGUUACGGACGGAAAUGUAAUUCCAGAAAAUAUCGAAAUAAAAAACGGACAAGCAACCGGGAGAAAAAGCCAAUAUUCACUCGCGUCCAAGUCAGAAGUCUACAACAGCUCAAUACAUUGGAGGUACCGAAGAGGCCCCCCCCCCCCCCCCCUUCCGUUUGCAUUUAGAAAUAAUGAAAAACGACAUGCUGUUGUCUAAUGGCAGUUUGAAUCUGAGGAGACCCGUCGAUCACUAAAGCCCAGAUACUUGGGGACAUAUUCCCUAUAUAUUCCUGGUCUAAAGUAGUGCACUAUAUAGGGAAUAGGGUGCCGUUUGGGACUAUUCGAAUGGCACACCAACUGUUAACUCAAAGCUAAGGCCUAUGGCUUCACAUGUGUUUUUGACCUGUUUUGUAUAUAUCGUUUUUAUAACUUUCCUAAUGAAUAAAUGAUUCAAAAAAAGGUUUCUUUUUUUCCCCUCAA